AAUGCGUCUGGCGUCAAAGAUUUCUUGAACGCAGCGGAAGAGCCAAAAUGCGUCAUUUCAUAACUUCUCGGAUGGCGGUUUGUUUUGCUUAUUUUCUGACAACCUAAUCUAGAUGAACAAAGGUCUCAGAGAUUCGGAAUGACAUAAGGAAUUGGAAGUAGCAGACCCCUUCUUCACUCCAUCUGAAACACAAAAAAAGAUGAUUGAAGGUCUUACGGAGAGGAAGCUCCAUAACAAGGUGUGUUUGGCUCCCGUAGGAAUGAAAUGCAGUCAUUAAUAGUGACGGAGGGAGAUUCUGUCACUCUACACACUGGUGUUACUGAAUUACACAAAGGUGAAUUAACAUGGCACUUCAUUGCUGAUAAAUCUCUAAUAGCUCUUAUUAACAGAGCUUAUGAGGCCUUCUCCACAAUGGAUGGUCCUAAUGGGAGAUUCAGAGACAGACUGAAGCUGGACAAUAACACUGGAUCUCUGACCAUCAUCAACAUCAGAUCUGAACAUGCUGGAGUUUAUGAAGCGCAGAUAUUUUCAGAUAAUACAUCAUCAAAAAGAUUUAAAGUUACAGUCUAUGCUCGCCUGCCUGUUCCUGUCAUCAUCAGAAACUAUUCCCAGUGUUCUUCCUCCUCAUCUUCAACAUCCCAUUAUAACUGUUCAGUGUUGUGUUCAGUGGUGAAUGUGAGCGCUGUGAGUCUCUCCUGGUACAAAGGAAACAGUGUAUUGUCCAGCAUCAGUGUGUCUGAUCUCAGCAUCAGUCUCUCUCUACCUCUGGAGGUGGAAUAUCAGGAUAUAAACACCUACAGCUGUGUGAUCAACAACACCAUCAGCAACCAGAACACACAUCUGGACAUCAACACACACUGUCAGCCAUGUCCAGAUGAUCUACCUGUAUUUAACAUCGCGUUCCUCUGCGCCGCUGCAUCUGUGCUGAUUGUAGUGAUCGUCGUGAUGUGCUGCAAGAAAUGGAGAAAAACAGGUCAAGAGAGAAAGAGUUCAGCGAAGUGUGAUCCUAAAACACGAACAGUGGUGAGAUCAUUGAUGAAGGUGCUGCAGGACGUGUUGCAGACGAAAUCAGACAAGACGAAUGCUGUGUAUGAAAAUGUCCCCAAAAACAAAAGCCGGUGAUUGUAUAUUUUGUGGUUGUCAGAACUCAUGCUGUUUUACUUGCACUUUUUGGUUUUCUUUCAAUUUAAUAUUUUGUUUUCAUUCUUUGUAUCUUUUAGUGUGGUUGUCGCUCAUUUUGUUCACUAAGAGCAUCCAUAAGCUCAUUCAGAUGUUCCAAAUAUCAUUUGUUAUUAAAUAUGAAAUCACACCA